AUGCCCUCCUUCUUCCAGUUCACGCAGGGGACCGAAUCCCGCGAGCGCCCCACCUCCGACGCCUCCCCUCUCCUGGGCCGCUUCCGCGCCGUGCCACCUCCCCCCCUCACCCGUCGCCCUUCCGCCGGCGCGCUAGGCCUCCUCUCCUCCGCGCUAGGAAACGGCCGCGGGAGCGUACACGGAGGGUACGGCGCCUUGCUCGCGGCCGAGCUCGAAAACGAGGAUGCUGCGCGGAGAGCCCUGGCCGGCGACUUUGGCGACGACGACGACGACAACGACGACGGCGGUCGGAGGACCAGCCGGGGCAGAACGUGGCGAAGAAUAUGGCGCAAGACGGUCGAUUUAUGGUUCGAACCGCGUCAGGCGGCUGUCAAGAGGGUUGUGGAUGUUUGGUGGAGUCGCUAUUUCGUCUUGGUUAUCCUGCCUGCUACGCUGGCUGUGGCAUGGUGCGCCGUCCCCUUCCCGAAAUACCCUUUACCUGACGACGGCGAAACCGACGAUGGGAAUCGGCAAAAGGUCCCCGGCCACGGACACCCUCGCGUGCAGGUGAAUUUUUGGUUCUUCCUCUUCGUCUACUACGGCUUCUACAACGUCGUGGCCCUCAUCUACAUCACCAAGGUCUUCAACCUGUACAGCCUCAACUGGUGGCCCUCGUCCCUCGGCUUCCCCAUCACCGUCUCCCUCAUCGCCAUCUUCUCCAUCGCCGUACCCAUCCCCGUCUUCCUCUCCCCGGAAACCCGCUUCCUGACCCUCCACAACACGACCUGGAUCAGCUGGUCCUUCAUGGUCAUGGCCGCCCCCGUCGCCAUCGCCUUCUGCAUCCUCCUCACCGGCCGCCGCCAUCUGAGCCUCCAAAACUCCCUCUCCGACACCCAGCGCAUCUUCACCUCCUCCUGGUGGACCGGCGACCAGGCCAGCGACGGCCCUUCCGCCGACCGCUACGACGACUCCUACUACUACUACAACCGGCGCCGCCUCUACCAGCCGCCCGCCGGUGCGUCUUCUGCCGCCGCCGUCGUCAGCAGCGACGCCGCCUCCUCCAUCUUCUUCGACUCGGAAGACCCCUCCGUCCUGGACAUCGACGGCCCCGGUGCCAGGCGGCAACAACAGAAACGCCGGCCCCUCGCGGCGCGCGUCGGCAUCGGCGUCGGCGUCGGCGUGCGCAUGCGCAUGCGCCGGCAAUGGCUCCCCGCCAGCUUCGUGCGCUUCAUCUGGUUCUGCCUCGCGCUCUUCGUCGGCCUGCUCGCCUACGUGCUGGGGGAGGCCUACGCGGAGAUCUACCUGCGCACGCUGCCGCACGACAACUUCGAGACGGUCUUUUACGUCUACAGCUGGGUCGGCACCGUGCACCUGCUCGACGCGCUGACGGGCUGGCUGCUGGGCCUGCGCGAGGGCGAGCGGGUCGGGAGCUACCCGCUGAGCUGGGUGUUCAAGCUGUACUUCAUGCUGACGUACCAGACGUACGUGCGGGCGCUGUACGCGCGGCUGCGGUCGCCGCAGCAGUUCGUCAUGCUGCAGCUCAUCUCGAGCAGCCUGCUCAUCGUGCUGACGCCCGUGCUCAUGUCGCGGCCGUGGCACCGGCUGAUGCGCGCGCUGCGGUUCACGACGCUGAGCUACGCCUCGUUCCAGAAGAUCCAGACCCGCAACGUCUUCAUCCGCUUCCUGGCCGAGAACGUCUCCAUGGCCUGUUUCCUGGGCAGCGUCCUCGUGCUGCACUUUGGCGCCAACAAGGACGUCUACCCGUACUUCGCCUUUGACAAUUUCGGGGAGGACGGGUACGAGCCGUACGACUUUGACCUUACCUUCUACGCUUCCUCCGUCACGUGGGCCUGCGAGCUCGCCGCGGCCCUGUGCGUCCGCGGCCUGACGCGCUGGAUCUACCGCGUUGAUAUCGAUAUGGAGGGGAAGCUCGACCUCGCCGUGUGGCCUGAAUUGCUCCCCACGAGUGUUGCUGUCACGUUGCACGUUCUUCAGAACAUGCUCUUCUCUAUCAUUCGGUUGCAGUUCCGAGCUUGA